AUGAUACAAGGGCAGCUACCUCAUGGAGCUACUCUUGUUCCAGUCAUACUGGCAAUGGACAAAACCCAGCUCACACAAUUCUCUGGAAAUAGGCAAGGCUAUCCAGUUUAUUUGAUGAUCAGCAACUUACCCAAGGAAAUCAAAAAAUUGAUAUCUAUGCAAUCUUGGAUGCUCAUUGGACUUCUGCCUAUGGAUUUGUUUGACAAGAUGGGGCUGAGCGAUGAGGCUGCAAAGUGCCUCUUCCACUUUUGUAAGACUCAACUCAUACAGGAAAUCAAGAGUACUGGCAUGGAAGGUGUUGAAAUGGUCUCUGCUGAUGGUCUUGUCAGACUUUGCUUCCCUAUCCUCAGAGGAUACAUUGGCAAUUAUCCAGAGAACUGUCUUGCAUCUUGUAUGGCCUACAGUUCUUGUCCAAUUGGAAAUAUUGGUAGACAUGACAUGGGACGUUAUGGUUGGUAUCCUCCACAGUACCUUGUCUCCUGA